AUGGGUCCUCCGCACGACCCCGAAGGAGGCGAUCGACAAACACCCUUCCAUCUGGUAUAUGGCGGCGAGGCAGUUGUCCCCAUGGAGGUCGGAGUAGAAUCUGAUCGGGUGCAGCACUACGAUGAAGGAAAUGCCGAACGGAGGCUUAUGGAGCUCGACUUGGUGGACGAAAUGCAAGCAAAAGCAGCGGCUCAGCUAACGGCGUACCGACAACGGAUGAAACAGAACUACAAUCGGAGAGUGAUCCCGAGAUCCUUCCAGGUCGACGAUCUCGUCUGGAAGAAAGUGAAACCGGUCGGCAACGUCACCAAGCUCGAGGUCCCAUGGGCAGAGCCUUUCAAGGUCAUGCAGAAGCUCCGUUCGAGUACUUACUAUCUGGAGUAUGAAGAGGGAAGACAGCUCGAGAGGUCAUGGAGCGCAAAUCAUCUUCAACCCUAUAGGGUUAGAUGA